CAGCAGCCAAAACCCAGACCGGAGUUCACACUGACUGGACUGGACUGACUGACCAACUGACAGAGCAGUGAAGACGGGGCGUGGUGCUGCUGUGCUGAUCGGUCCUGAUGAUGUCUGCCUGCCUCAGUCAUUAAAGUGGUCCUAUAUAAGCAGCGCAACGUGCAAAUCCACAUCAAAGAUUCACCAAGGUGUCCACAAUGGGCCCGAAAGCAAAGGGGAGGAAGAGGAAGGAUGUGGACGAGGUGACGACACAGCCAGAACCACAGCACCAGUCCAAAGCAGAGUCUGACCAUGAGGAGGAGGAGGAGGAAAGUACAAGAAGGCAAAAAAAUAAAUAUGAUUACGAUCCCAAAACUGAACAGAAACUGGUCCAGUUCUUUGCACUAAAUGACUGUUACUACAACAAAGGUUCAGGGAAGUACGCCAAUAUAAAGUAUAAGAAAAAGCUGCUUGAGAACCUGGCCAAAGAGCUCCAAACCAGUGAUGUGAGGAUUACCAAGUGGUUUACAGGACAGCGGUCCACGUUCAGCAAGCUGCUCUACAAGUCCAGGUCUGGUUCCAAGGCCAAAACCCUGACCCCCCGGCAGAAGUGGCAGCUUACCAACUUCAGUUUUUUAAAGGAAUUCAUCAUACCCCGGACUCGCACGUACGACACCGGCGAGUUGCCUGCUGUUGAGGAAGAACAUGUCGAUGUAGAAGAGGAUUUGGAAGUGGGUUCGACGGCUUCUUCACUGAGGGCAUCGACCUCAGAGAACCAGGGGGUCAGUCAGGUCACCAAGCGGGCCAAGGAGUCGUCCACAGGCAGUAAAAUGGAGGAUGCUCUCCUCAGGUUUCUGGAGAGACCGCGGGCAUCAGAGUCAACAGCAACAAAGAUGCAGGAGUGGGGCGCUGGCCCGCUGGAUGAAAAGCGGGCUUUCGGCCAGUGGUUCUGCGCAAAGAUGCUGAAGGUACCAGAGGACAGAUGGGAUGAAUUUGAGGAUGAAGCACAUGCUCUGCUGGCAAAGUACACGCGCCAGAAGCCCCUGGCCAGCCCGCAUCAGCCCAGCCAGGCCCAGCAGUCCGGGUUAAACUGGCAGCAGCCCCCAUGGUCCCAGCCCCAGCAGUCGCAGUGGACACAUGUGAUCACCCAGGGCGUGGGGGCCAACGGGCACCACUACAACCAAGAGUCCGAGUCCACUCAGACCAAAUGGAUAGAUGUUUCUGAAAUAAAGGUUGUUUCACUUUAAA